GGGGCACUUUCGCGGUACAAACGGACACCGCGGCAUUCGAACCAACACCAUCGGACCUUCAACCGCUUCUAUAAUAACAAAACGAACAUAACACUGGCAGUGUUAUACUAAAACAAAAAUAAAGCAAAAAAUAUCAGAAAAAUUAGAACCCAAAAAAGUUUAAAAUAUAUUUAGUUCCUAGGUUAAAGUGUUAAGGGUGUGGAAAGAUGAAUAAUUUAAGAAGUAUACUGACCAUCAGUGCCAUAGUGUUAAGUUUAUCACAAAUAUCGAGGACUGAGCAUGAAGCUGCGGAUAUAGAAAAAAUCUUCUCUGCGUGCAAGAGAAGGUCACCGGAGUUCGACUCGUGUGUCAAACGCGCUUUCAACAAGUUACGGCCGUACUUCAUCAGAGGUAUACCUGAGAUGGGAGUGGCGCCAUUUGAUCCUCACUUCGCCAAGGAAGUGAAGCAGCAGCGAUCGAUCAUUGGCGUCGGAUACACGCUCACACUCAAAGACGUCUUCGAAAGAGGAUGGACGCGGUCAACAGUCACCAAAUACAAGACCGAUUGGGACAACCAGCGCAUUAUAUAUUCACAAUAUUUCCCUGAAAAAUGGCUAAGCGGUGAUUAUGAAUUCAAGGGCGAUGCUUUCGGCCUAGGCGUAUUCCGUUCAGGGCACUGGAACCUGACAUUGCGGGACUACUCUCAGACGACGCGCAUCAAACGCAACGGCAGUGGCGUGGACGUACACGUAGAGGUGGACCACAUCGGAGACAUGGACAUCCACGUCGGGAACCUGUUGCGAGGCCGCGGCGUACUUGAGCGCGUGUUGGACCGACUGAUCAACGCGUCGUGGAAGCCCGGGUUCGCGGUGAUCCGGCCGCUCAUCAACGACCUGGUCAGCACCGCCUUCACUGACAUCUGGAGCACCAGCUUCCGAGACUUCCCCAUUGACAAUUUCAUCAAAGACUGAUACCACCACACUUCACACUUAGCUUAAUUACCAAAAAUAUAGCAUGAAUUCUUUGAAAGGGCCAGUUACUAUUUGCGCUCCAGCAUUGUGUGUAUGACAGCAGGACAGAAAUAUAAAGUACAGCGCAGUGCGAAAGAGAUAUACUAAGAGAAUGUAAUAUUCUAACAGCUGUUAUCCGCAUCAUGCUAGAACUCGCAAUUGUAGAACAUCGAAUACUAAUCGACAUUUACAAUUUCUACUCGUAAAGUGCCAGAUACAGUUUUUUGUAUUGUAGUAGAAUAGUUUAUUUUUUACUUUGUUACUCGUUGUCUGUAAAUAUUAUAUAUCUACAUCUAGUCUUUCAAUAUAAGCUGUGAGUGAACACUACUGAUUUCGGUCGUAAGCGGAGAGGAUAUGACACAUAAAUAAUAAAAUCAAACAUUAUAGUACAUAUCUCAAUAUUAUAUUUAUUAAAAAAUAUAACCUAACUAUA